AUGGCAACGGAGAAGUGGCAUUACAAUGUGGUGUCGUUGCUCUCCGGAACUGAGAGGUCCUUUCUCAUCCGUAACAAUGGCGAGAAGGUAGCCAUCAGCAGUCUUGACGGGAAAAAGUUUGGUCUCUUCUUGUCGGACAUCUGUUACGAAAGAAUCGUCACUGAUGAUCUGAUCAAAGUAUACAAUCAACUGUCCACGGAGGGCCGUGAUUUCGAGAUUGUCUUCGUGUCAUGUGAUUCAUGCGAGGAGACCUUCAAUAGGUACUUCUCAUAUAUGCCAUGGUUGGCAGUCCCAUUUGCAGACUCCGACACAUGCGAAAGGCUACAUGAUCAUUUCGACAGUUUCGAGGAGUAUUAUCCCGCUCAGCUUGUCAUAUAUGAUGCCGCUAUUGGCAUGGUCAUUAACGAAGAAGGUCUCCGAGCUGUGGCAAAAUAUGGUGUAAACGGGUAUCCAUUUACUGUUAAGAGGUUCUACGAGUUGGAGGCGGCUGCUAAGAAGGAACAAAGUCUUCGAAGUCUGUUGGUUUCGCCGUCCCGGGACUACUUGAUCUCCAAUGAUGGAUCCAAGGUGGGAUUAGGUUAG